AUGACCAAGAAACGCCAGAAGAACAUCACUGGAUUUAUCAAAAAUCGUACUGUGAAAUUAGGAAACCAAGAUAAGAAGCGAGCUCGUCAUAAGUGUACAUAUCCAUCACGACUAAUAGAAAAGUGUUGCAUAAGCUAUAGCCCUGAUGAAUGGAAGCGCUUUAGCAACUCUUCAAAGAAGAGUCUUAAAGCUGUUUUAUUGCAUAAUGGUAAUAAAUAUGCUUCCAUCUUUGUUGGACACUCAGAUAUUAUGCAGGAAACAUUUGAAAAUGAGCUGUUUUUUUUUCUUUCAUAUCCUCAGAUUAUAAGGCGCUCUUCAACAAUUUCCAAUAGUAGUACCACGACAAAUGGCAGUUUGGAUGGUACUUUCAUGCACGUGAAAAUUCUCGUGCCUAACAGCACAGCCGGUCGUAUUAUCGGUAAAGGAGGGCAAUAUGUUGAACAGAUUAAAGAAGAAACUGGUGCUUAUGUCCAGAUAUCACAAAAGUCUCGUGAAACCAAACUGCCAGAACGUUGUGUGACCAUUGCGGGGGAUUUAGCAUCCAGUAAAAAGGCCAUCGACCUGAUUCUUCAUAAGAUAGUCGAGGAUCCAUAUAGCAGUAACUUCACUACAAUUAGUUAUGCUGGUUAUCCUGGACCCAUUGCCAAUGCUAGCCCUACUGGAUCGCCUUUUGCCAAUUCUUAUACAACUGAGAGGAAUGACUCGAGAGAUUUAUCUAACAAUCUGCGCAGUGAAUUCGGAGAUAAAAACUCACUUGAGUUUUCGAGCAUGAGUAAUCUGAAUAUUAACAGCAUUCUAAAUAAUAACCUCCUGACUCCGUCAACAUUAUUAGACAACUUAAAGAUGACAUUACGGAAUCUGGGCUACUCUGAACUUGCGACAGAUGAAAUUAGUUCAGCUUUCAAUACCCUCUCGAAUUAUGGCUGCCUUCCUCAUGUUAAUUCCUUUGGAGUAUUACCAAAUAUGUUGAACACUGGAUCACUUACAACUUAUUGUUCGAAUAACAUAUCUAAUCUUGGAAAAAAUCGCACACAGUCUUCAAUUUCUCAAAACAGCCCCUUUAUCGGUAAUUCUACUUGUCGUGACAAUCUUGGAAGCCAAUAUGGUCCUAUCGGUAGCAACUGUGAGACAUUCUCCUCGACACAUACAACCGGAAGCAACGAUGUUUAUUCCAUAAGAGAAAAAGUGGGAUUAGGUUCAAUCAUAAACAACGCCAACUACCAUAUGAAUAGUGUUGGUUUUCCCUGCAAUUCUUCGAAAACUAUAGAUGACAUAAACUAUUCUGGGAUGAAUAACAAUUCUUUCGGUCUAGGUCUCGGUUUAUGUGGGCCAACUGAUAAACCGAACAUUAUCUCAAAACAAGAAAUAGAAGUCCCUGAAACAAUUGUUGGAGCCAUUCUUGGUCCUAAAGGUAAGGGAAUUGUAGAAAUUCAACAACUUACAAAUGCAGUCGUUCAGAUAUCUAAAAGAGGAGUUUAUGCACCAGGAACCCGAAACCGCCUCGUUGAUAUAAGUGGUACCCCUUUAAAUGUUGCUAAAGCUCAGUUUUUGAUCCAACAUCGUCUACAGCAGGAAGAGACAAAGAGGUCACAACAGACAAAAAAUUAGUUUGAUUUUCAAAAACUUUGUUCAAGAGAUUUCUGUUUCGACUGAGCGAAGUACGCCAAACUUUAUUUUCCCUUCAAUUGGAAACUUAGUGUCUAUAAAUGAUCAAGUCUUCAGUUAGAUUACUAAUAUAUUUCUCAUGUGUAUUUCUAUAUUAAGCAUUUAUUUACUAACACUUUUGACAAUGUUGUCUUUUGGUCGCAGUUAUUUAGCUUCGUUGGGCAAGGAAGAAUUGUAUACAUGACUCUUACAGUUCCCCAACACCAUUUAAAAUUCCUUCUCAAAAAAAAGUUUUUCAUAUACUGAUAUUUUAUCUAAAUUGAUUUUCAAAUUGGAGAUUCCGUUUAAAGUAGCCCGUCCGUCGUUCCAUCUUAAUCUUUCCCCCUUCCCUGUUUUAGCUUCCUUUUCAACUCGUUUACUUAAAAGUAAAAAUUCAAAUCCUUAAACGUUUUAAAACUUAUCAAUCGGUACAAUAUCAAUACAAACGAACAUUCCUUUUCAGACAACAUACAAUCCCAAAACUAAAUCACUUCAGACAUUUUGAUUCAAUACAAAUAUUCGGAUACAUCAUGUUUAGAAUUCCCUUUUCCGAAAUCCUUUAUCGUUUCAGUUUAAAUUCAACAAUUUGAAAAUCUUCAAUAUCUGAGAUUUUUCAUGAAAAUUCUCACGCAUGUCUCGUGUUGAACAAUUUUCUCAAACAUAAUUCUGUUCAUUUUACAAGUGUGCCAGUUACCAUCUUUUGUCCUAAAAAUAUUUCAUUGUUAUUUCUUUGUUCUUAAAUUGUUAUCGUACUAUUUGCUGCUAUUCCUUAUAGCAAAUGCUGUUUUAGUUUAACUUUUUACAAGAAUUUCAUUCUUACUAACAUUAAAACUUCAGUCUUUAUUUUUCCUGUUGGAAUUUUUCUCAUUGCUUACUUUAAAAACAAUUGCUCAGACCAGGACUUUACGUUGGUGUCAAUGAGUUCAAACAAGAUCAAUUUUAUGAAAAUUCUCUUAAAGAAAGCAAUGGAAAUCUCAUUUCAGCCUAGUUUUGAUUUAUAGCCAAUAAAGUACAUAUUUUAUAUCGUUUUAGUCGUUAAUUUGAAAUAACCAGUUUCUAUCGAGUUGCCAGCUUAGGAUUCCUUUUCAGGUAUCAAUCUAGUGAGCCCAUGCUCACUUGAGAAUGUUGCGUAUGGACAAGUUUCAUGAGAAAUGAUGGGUCAGUGUUGCACUUCCCUUUUAUUCCUAAUUUCGUAAGAACGUGCAUAGGAAGACUCGUGGAUAUCUUGUCGGAAGUUCUCUGCAGGUAAGAUCUUAUCACUUUAAAGUUCCUUGGAUGGAGAGUUCUGUUGCAGGUAACGGUUGAGUUUAUAGAGCACCUUGGGCCCCUUAAACCAAUGCCAGCGCGAUCUCUAUGCUUUAUCUCCCGAGGUUGAUAAAGAAAUUGGGGUACCCUUGCGCGCACUAUUUAAAUGUACAAGUAUCCUUUUGGACAUUACUAUACGGUCUUGUUUGACCUGAAUCUCUAACAAUAUAGACGUGAAGACACUUAUGAUUACUGCGUGCUCCCUUUUCUUUAACUUUUUACAUUCACUCACAAUAUAGUAUUUCAUGAACCAUUAGUUCCUGCAGUAAUUGUAACUUGUAAACCACUGUAUUCCUCAUAGCCAUACUGGUAAAUCUAAGAAAAUUCUCGACGCAUUUGCUUCCUUUGCACUGUCUAGCAAAUAAGAUCGCCAAUGGCUAUAUUCACCUUUAAGAAAUUUCAGAUCACUGCAGCUACCAUACUUGGUAAUUAUCUUUCUAAAGAGGUUUUAGGACUGCUCAGUUCUAAUGUUUGAAUUUAUACCCAGUGAGAAUUACAACCAGGCUAGAAAUGAUGCCAGCUGUUGGAGACAAAAUAUUAGUCUUUAAUUCGAUUGGAACCGCAACCAUGCUGGGGCAUCCGUUUGAAGAGCCUUGUCGAACUAAGCGACUUCAGUAUUUUUCUAAGUUUGGUAGUUAUUCUGCUUGUCUCUUUAUCCAAAUCGCUAAGUUUACGUUGAUGUUAACGAAUGAUCACCCUGUUGUCAAAAGAUGAGGGAUAACGCGCACGAAGGCAUGCUUCUUGAGGUUUCCAGCCAAAUCUACUCGAGUCUUUGACGUUAUAAUAGAAAGCACUUGCCCAUGGUAUCAUGCAGUGGGACUGAACUCUAAACCAUGUGGUUGGAAAGCGAACAACUUACCACACGACAAUGCCUGCACCUAUUUUGUACAAAACCAUUGUUUCCAUGUUUUAAAUGUCGCCAUAUUUACUCUUGACAAUUAUUCGUAGCAUUUUUCAUCUUACUUGGUAAGUAGGACCCGAGGAUCGCUUCUCAGAUGCACUGAAGCUUUUGUUUAUAGUACCGCCUUCUAACUCUGGCCCAUACAUUCUGUAAUACCACAAUAUUUUCUCACUGGAUUUCUCGUUAUUGCUUACAAAGGGAAUUCAUAUAAGAGAUUACUUUAUCAAGUUAUUCUAGGAUCAGAUGGAAUAAAGAUUUACCUUCUAUGCGGUCCAGUGUUUCAAACAUGCUUUUAUUCU